GUACGCUGAGUGUCGCCGACGUCAGUUCACAGUUUCCAAUUCAAAAAACAGAAAACAGCAAACAAAAAUAUAAAAGAUCAAAGCCCAAGCUCAAAAUUGGCAACACAAACACACACACACACACAUUUUUGGCGGAAAACUUGUGCUUAUCAAAGCAACUGCAACGACGACGACAGCACUUUGCGAUGGAGCUGGAGAGUUUUAUGCAGGCUUCGGUGUCGCCCAACAGCAAACGCUUUGUUGUCGAGGACUCAAUUACUAAGGUGACCUCCGAUGGAGAACCACACGCCAUGAUGACCAUGGUGGCAGGUUUGUCGGGCUUAUUAGCAGCCAUUAUAAUAUUGGCAGUGCUCGUUUCCAUGGUAGCCUGUCGCAAGCACAAAACCAAGAAGCAACAACAGCAGCAGCAAGAAAAUAACAAUAGGAUCUUGUCCGGGGCUGUGGCCAUGACAAGUGUCGAAGUGUCGCAGCCACAGUUGGCGGGCAAUUUGAAUGCCGCAUUUGCUGAGAGCACACUCAACUUGGGCGACGAUGCUAAGGAUGCGCAACAACAAUCCACAGCGAUUAUUGUGGAACGCUAUUGAAGCAAUUGAUUAAUCGGACAACUGGCAAUUGUUGAAUUAAUAGCGAUUUGUGAAUGAGGAAAAAUGCAUGCACGUGAUGUUUGUGAACACAUGAGACUGACGCUGUGAUGGUGGCCACCACCGCCAUCGCCACUUAGAAAAUUAAGUAAAAAGUAUAUUCGUUUUUUUUUUUUUUUACUUAUAUACAUACAUAUCUAUAUAUCUACAUAUGCUACUCGAAAGUAAUCAUUGUACAUAAAUUUAUAUGAGUGAGUGCAGUGUAUGUUUUCUCAUUUGAGUUGCAGCUGCAAAUGAAUAUUUUCAAUAUUUUUCACUUACCAGUUAUGUUUGUAUGUAAUUGAUGAGUUCACUUCACAUGCUUAGCAUUUGCAUUUUAGAAUUGUGCACUUGAUAUUUCACUUAACACAUUUUUCGCAGCACGUAAAAUUCGGUUAAAAGUUAACGAUUAGCAUCAAAAAUAUGCGUCGGGCUGCCAACUUGGGGAAAUCUUGAUGUAAGCGAUGCUGUGUGUGUGGAGCAGUCUCGAUACUCAGACUACGGGAGGAGCACAUAUUUUGAUAUGUUGAUCGAUACACGAUAACGCUGUAGUCGUUGUAAGCGCGUUUGUUUUGAAUACACCACUAAAUUAAUUAUGUCAACGCGCUGUUGGCGUUUGUAUAUUUAUACCUAUCACAUAGUACAUACAAAAUGUAGAAAAUUGUAGAAAAAAAAAUAUUAAAAAAAAGUAUUGUAAUGCGCUCAGAGAGCGGUGCUGCGGCAGCCAACAACCAUGGCCAACAAAGCCAUGCGAAUGUACAUGCCAUACUCGGCCUGUCGGAAGUAGGCGGCACGUGGAUCCGAGUCAAAGUCACGGCUAAUCUCCUCAACACGGGGCAAGGGAUGCAGGACAAUUGUACGCUUAUUGGCACGCGUCAUCAGCUUGGGCGUGACAAUAAAGUGGCCACAGCACUGCAAAAAAUCGAUAAGUUAUCGGCGGUUUUGAAAUGUAUCGUAAUUUGAUUUUGACUUACGCGCUUGUAUUCUUCCUCAGUCUGGAAGCGUUCGCGCUGUAUGCGUGUCAUGUAGAGCACAUCGGUGCUGGGCAGAGCCUGCUCAAUGCUAUCGAAAGUGCGCUGAUGCACGCCACGUUGAUCCAAAUACCGCAUAAUGGCCUCGGGCAUGCCCAGACCAGGCGGUGCCACAUACUGCAGCGUCACAUUAUAGAGUGUCAGCAGGCGGGCCAGUGAAUGCACAGUCCGCCCGUUCUUCAAGUCACCCACCAUGGUGAUGGUCAGGCCGUUUACAGUACCAAUCUCCUCGCGUAUGGUGAAGACAUCCAGCAGAGCCUGCGUGGGAUGCUCUCCCACACCAUCGCCGGCAUUGAUGAGCGGUUUGCGCGAGAACGAAGCAGCGCGCUAGAAUAGUUAAGAAUACGAUUAGCUUGCAAGCAAUGCAAUAGAAAGCAACUACUUACAGCAACUGCACCUGGUUCGGGAUGACGCAACACCAACACAUCCGCAUAGCUGGCCAUCACCUUGAUGCUGUCCUCGAGCGUUUCGCCCUUCUUCACCGACGACGUGACCUGAUCCAUAUUGAUCACAUGUCCGCCCAGUCGCUGCAUUGCGGCACCAAAGCUGCACUGGGUGCGUGUGCUCACCUCAUAAAAGAUGCUGGCCAUGACUUUGCCACGCAGCAAAUCAUCCACGGGGCGAUCCUUGGUGACGCGCGACUUCAGCAGCUGCGCCAAAUUGAAAAUAUCGUUCAAAUGCUCCUUGCCGAACAUGUCCACCGAGAUGACAUGCUUGCCCACCAGACAAUGGGCCACAGGAUUCGGUGAGUUCUUCUGCAAAUACUCCUUGAGCGUGGUAUUGCUCGACGAAUCGAGGCGCAGACGUGGCGACGGCGACA